AUGUCAUCAAAUCUAGACAUAGAAAUGAUAAUUAAUUCCCUGACGCUUGAGGAGAAGAUCUCUCUUCUUGCUGGUAAAAGCUUCUCUGAAACAGUUGGGAUUCCACACAAAGGCGUGCCUUCAAUUAAGACCGCCGACGGACCAAAUGGUAUUCGUUCAGCAGCAACAGACCUAGACAUCAAGUCAGCAUGUUUCCCAGCAGCAUGCAACCUCGCAGCCACAUUUGACGUUGAUCUCGCCGAGCAAUUUGGCCGCGCUCUCGGCAUAGAAGCACGAGGCAAGCGCGUAAACUGUAUGCUGGGUCCAACAGUCUGCAUGCACCGCCAUCCCCUCGGCGGCCGUAACUUCGAAAGCUAUAGCGAGGAUCCGUUCCUGGCAGGGAAAAUGUCCUCCAGAGUGAUCCAGGGUCUCCAGAGUUUAGGCGUGUCGGCAACAAUAAAGCACUUUGUCGCGAAUGAGCAGGAGACUGCUAGGACAACCGUUGAUGAGGCCAUCGAUGAGCGCACGUUAAGAGAGAUUUAUCUGCGUCCUUUUGAGAUUGCCGUCAAGGAAGCAAACCCUUGGGCUGUUAUGACUGCUUAUAAUCACGUUAAUGGAGUCCAUUGUGAUGAGCAUAACUGGCUUCUUAAGGAUGUCCUUCGCGGUGAGUGGGGGUGGAAAGGGCUUGUUAUGAGUGAUUGGGGUGGCACCAAUUCAGUCGCUGCCGCUCUCAAUGCUGGACUCGAUCUAGAAAUGCCAGGUCCUCCACGCCUCCGAAAGGAAGAUGCUGUGAAGCAGGCUCUCGAAACUGGAGAGUUAUGUGAAGACACCAUCAACCAACGAGCCAGGACUCUUAUUGAGUGGGCGUUGAAGCUCAAGGCUCUUGAAACUGAGCCGUAUGAUGUUGCUCUUGGUCAAGAUACAAACACUCCCGAACUACGAAGAAUGAUACGCGAAGCCGGUGCUCGAGGUAUUGUGCUUCUGAAGAACGAUCGAGACAUGCUUCCUCUCACCAAAGAAAAGGUGCAGAAGAAGAAAAUUGCGAUGAUUGGAUUUGCUAAGGACGCUAUGGCUCAUGGCGGUGGUAGCGCUUCUGUCAACGCAUACCAUAAGAUCACACCUUGGCAAGGUCUUCAUGAGGCACUGGGCGAUGAUGUCGAGUUCACUUUUGCCAAGGGCGCUCACAAGGAACGUCUACUUCCUGCCAUUCAUCCAGCGGGGUCAGCUGGUAAGGUUGUCGGUCUUGACGGGAAGCCAGGGUUCAGCAGACAGCUAUUCAAGGAGGGUGAGGACUCUCCAGUGUCGACCAUUGGGCAGCCAACCUCAGCGUACUCGCCCUUGGGAUCCCAAGAGUCCCUGUGGCGACGACUGGAAAUAGUCGGAGACUUUACACCAUCAGAGACAGGAAACCAUUACAUCGCGUGCUCUGGAUUAGGUCCAACCAGGGUUUACGUCGACGGUGAGAUCAUCUAUGAACAGACAGCCAACUGCACGGAUCCUAUGGGCUCUCUAUUCCUCGCUGCACCUGAGCCUGAGUUUCGUCACACCUUUGAAGUAGGCAAGACAUAUCGUCUACGUAUCUGUAGUGAUCCUCCGACCAAGAUCGGCUUGACGAUUCUCGAGGGUCGAAGUGGUGUCCGUGUUGGUUUCUCUCUCGAAUCGGACCACGAUGCAGAUCUUGUAGGCGAAGCAGCUCAAAUCGCCAAGAAUGCAGAUUACGCCAUCGUGUUCACUGGUCACGAUCCCCAGUGGGAAACUGAGGGUCGAGACCAAGAUUCUUUCAAUUUACCGCGCAAAGGCACUCAAGAUGCUCUCGUGGCAACAGUAGCGUCUGUCAAUCCUAACACGAUUGUCGUCAACUCAACUGGUGUUGCCAUCGCUAUGCCCUGGUUGGAGAAUGUUCCUGCUGUAGUACAGGCUUGGUUCCCAGGUCAAGAGUGUGGAUACUCAAUUGCCGACGUCCUUACAGGGGCUGUCAACCCCGAAGGUCGUCUGCCAGUCAGCUUUCCCAAGAACAUUGAGGACUGUCCAGCACAUGGGAACUUCCCAGGUCAAUAUCUUGAUGGGAAACUCAAGGUAAAGUAUGAGGAGGGAGUCUUUAUUGGAUAUCGCCACUUUGACAGGAUUCCGAAGGAAAAGGUCAAUUUUCCCUUCGGCCAUGGUCUCUCAUACACCACUUUUGACUAUGAGAUUAGCUCUGCGUCCAGAGAAAACAGUGGCUGGUCUAUCGUUGCUCAAGUUUGCAACACGGGACAACAAGCUGGAGGAACAUUGGUACAAAUCUACUCUGGGCGAGCUGAACACUCGUCAGAACAUCCCAUAAAGGCUCUUGUGGCAUUCCACAAACUUAGACUGCAGCCUGGUGAGAAAAAAGAAGUCAAGCUCCGGGUCUCAGAGCGAGAUUUGGCUUACUUUGAAGCUGGUUGUGGGAAAUGGAUAAUUGACGAGGGCGAUUAUCAAUUUUCUUUGGGCUCAUCGGCUGCGGACAUUGUUGGUCAAGUAGUCGUCAAAGUUGAGAAGGCUUCUUUCGAUCCCUAG